ACAUGCUCACAUCUCUUUUUUUUGGAUCACGUGACAUGUCAACUGACGAACAACCAACAAAACAGGAAAUGUAGCUAGAAAAAUAACCCGAUAUCACAUUUUAGUCAUUCAGAAAUAAGCUAUGCACUUGGGUAACGAAAUAUCCAGUUUAAUAAAGCUGUGGAUGGUCUGUGUGUCUCUUUUCAUAAACCAUGGAUUCGCCGGUAAAAUGAAGAUAGUUGAGGAGCCAAACACGUUUGGGUUGAACAACCCUUUUCUGGCUCAGGGAAGCAGACUACAGCCCAAAGUGACCCCAUCUUCAGUGUCUGGCCCAUUGCAUCUUCAUCAGCUUGCUGGAAAGUGCUUCAGUCUCACAGAGUCAGUGUAUAAAUAUGAAUUCUGUCCAUUUCACAACAUCACCCAACAUGAGCAGUCAUUCAGGUGGAAUGCCUACAGUGGGAUACUGGGGAUCUGGCAGGAGUGGGAAAUAGUAAACAACACUUUAACAGGAAUGUGGAUGAGGGACGGGGAUGCUUGUGGAACCAGAAACAGAGAAACAAAGGUGAUUUUUGUCUGCAGUACAAGCAGCAAGCUUGCUCAAGUCUCAGAACCCAGUACUUGUGUGUACUCGCUAACCUUUGAGACCCCACUUGUUUGCCAUCCACAUUCUCUCUUAGUGUACCCGAUCCUGACUGAGCAACUGCAAGGGGAAUGGGAUGAAGCUGAGCAGGCCCGCUAUGAAGGUCUUAUUACUGAGCAGGGAUACAAUAAUCUUUUGAGGGACAUUUUUGAAGAUGCUGGUCUCCUGAAGAGCCAGAAAGUGAAGGUCAAGCUGCCAGAGGAUGCAGCUGAUUCAGAAAUUCACAACUCUUUACAGAAAUGUACUGAGGACUUCCAAAAACAGAGUGAAGAGAUUGAGAGACUCCGUGCCCUCCUCACUCAGCACAAUAUUCCUUAUGAUUCAAAGCCAAACGAAGCAAAAGGUACAGUGACUGUGACAGUUAAGGAUCAACACCUAAGGGGAGACCACGGCCUAAUUGAUCUGCUGUGAAAAUCACCUGGAGCAAGUCACAGCCUCCAUUUACGUGGCUGGAUUUUGUUGGUCAAUGUGAGUGACAGACACACUCACUGGACGAUAUUCUUGUCACUGGUGACAACACUAAAGAUUCAUUUGAUCAAGUGACACUGAGAAAAAACCGAACUCAUUUGUGGACUACAAACUUUUUUUUCGAGAAGUUAGGACACUCGGCUGUCUCUCUCCAGGGCGUUUAACAGAAAGGAUCAUCUUGUUACAUGCUUCAAAUUCUGUAAGCAGGCAGCAUGUUGAGAAAUAAAAAUGGUUUUAAGAAAAAAAACAUUUGGACAGGGGAAAA